ACGAAUUCCUUCACAUCUCACCACUCGUCUAUUGGAUAAAUUGGGCCCUAGGUUGCCCUAGGUUGCCCUAUGCGGUAGGUGCAGAUAGGUGCGUGUUCUGCGCUGUCGUGUGCAGACCCUAUCGUAACGCGUGAAUAAUAUAUAUUUUUUAACAACCCAAGUACCGCCGGUUAUGCAUAAACGAAUAUCAAGAAACGUUACCCCAGCGCGCGUGAAUGAUUAUCGCAGUAGAGAAGUACAAUAAAAAAAUACGCGAGUGAUUGUCGGCGGUGAGGAGGGAAAUAAAAAUCGAAUCUUCACUACAAGUGUACAAUGGCCAAAAGAAGUUACAACAACUCGGCCGGAAGGCGGGCCCACGGAGGGAAGCCCUACGACCCCAACAACUCCUUCGUGAAGAAAAUGGCCACAAAAAUGACGGACUUCAUACCCCAGCGUUUAUGGAUCAGCAAGUGGUUCAAUUCCCCCACGAGCAACGGUGACUUAUCCAACGAGGACACUGAAAGUCCAGACGAUGUGGGUGAAACAAUGCUCCAACCCCCAGCCAAACGUCCCCGAAUCAGAAUGGACGUGACACAUCCCCCAGGAACCUUUGCAAUCCAGCCAAGAGCAAGAAAUUUAAAGGAUCAAUAUCAUCGUGAUGAAACUGUAGAUUUUUUAGACUCAGAGACAGCUGGGCCGAGUGGCUCACGUUCAUUCGUCUCCUCCACGCCAGCUUUCUCCAUGAAAAUGAUGAACUCAAAUUUACUGCAAUCAGAUUUAAUCCGACAGCAGCAGAACAACGGUACUGCAAAUGGAAUAGAUGAGAAUUCCGAGUCUGGGGAGAGCACCAGUGGCUGUAGCUCCCUGAUACCCCAGGCGUCUCGUCAGGAUAGUCUCAAUCAAUUUCAUCGAAAGGGACUAGUGGACGACAAGCUAUCGUACACGAAUCACUUGCAAUCCCCUCGAUCCCUGUUCAUAGAGAGUAUCUCAGGUCAGAGGGAGUCCUUGAGCUCCAGAAGACCCAGUUUCAACGUCUCCAUGGUCAAUAACGAGGGACACCCCUUGGAGAGAGGUGGCAACGUGAUGUCAUCCCCAUUCUACAGUGGUAAUAUCACAUUCGGUGGUGCUAAUGCUGCUGGCACAAGUGCAAUGAGGCAAAAUCGUAGGAUCUUGGCAGGGACCAGUGAAUUCCAGCUGAGGGUCCCCAGAAGAUCAUCAGUCCAGGUGAAACCGUCGAAUGCAACGGGCGUUGACUCAUCAGGUAUGAGCCAAACAGCCAAGAGAAUUCUGGAGGCACUGGAGCACUUCUCCUCCCCCAUAUCAGACGCCAAAAAAAUACCAGUCAAGACACCAGGGCUCAACUCUACCCUAGCUAGAAAGCGAGGUCGAGACGAGGCUUUUGAUCAACCCCCAACGUCCAGAGUGGGAUUGAGACACUUAACCAGGGAACUUGCUGUGCCCACAGUGCCAGACAUGCUCAAGUUGAAGAGAAGACAGAGAUUACAGGACACAACACUUGCUGCUAGGAGAAUUAUCACAGCUCACAGUGAGCCACCUCCACAAACCCCAACUUCUUCAGCGAGUCAAGAGCCUUCCGAGUACCAUUUGAGGUGUGAAAGUGAGAGUCAGAAGUUCUUUGGUAAGCUCAGGGCAACGGGCAAGAAGAAACAUGACUUCGAGGAGCCACCUGAGGUUGUUAAUCUGCCAAGUAUAUCGUUGCCAAUUACCAGUCUACCCAGCUUUGACAUCCCUCUGCCAAAACCCAGCUGUUCAACAACUACUGUCACAGCAACAAUAGAAUCCAAGUCGUCCUCAACACCCAGCAAGACAUUUAAAUUCUCGAGUCCUAUUAAAUUGCAGAAUGAUAGCACUAGUCCAGUUAAAUCAAUUAAUCACUUCACAUUCUCGAAGCCACUGAGCCCGUCUACGAGUGACAGGAGUCUGAAGCAAGGAUUGAAGACACCUAGUUCACCUAGUACUCCCACUACUGUUUCAAACUCAAUGAACUUUAGUUUUGGAUCGAGUCAGGCAGCCCCAGCCACCAAUUUCAUGUGGUCAGGCUCAUCGACAGCUCCAAGACCUAAGCAGAUUAAACAGACUGAGAAGAAACAGAAGAAAGACGACGUAGAAUUAAAAUCUGGGAGUGUCCUGGACGUUCUCAGUACCUUUAAAAAAUCAUCAGAUAUUUGGGAAUGCAGUGAGUGUUUCAUCAAGAAUAAUCAGAGCGAGGAGCACUGUGCAGCCUGCAAGAAACCCAGGAAAAAGGAGACCUCUGAGAAGCCCUCUUCAGCAUCCACGAUAAUUCUUCCAUCACCAGGAGCCUCUGACACUCCAUUCGGUGCUCAAUUCAAGAUGUCGAACGACAAAUGGGAGUGCCAAUACUGCCUAGUGAGGAAUCCAGUCUCCGAGACCAAGUGUGUCUCCUGUAUGACACCUAAAUCAGAGAAAAAGGCAGAGACCCCGACAUUAGCAGCUCCAACACCAAUUCUCUUAAUUAAAUCUGAUCUCAUGGACAAGUUCAAACCUGCAAAGGACUCCUGGGAGUGUCCUGGGUGCAUGCUGAGGAACCCUAGCACCAUCAUCUCGUGCCCCUGCUGCAACGCCUCGAAGCCCGGUCUUCUGAAGACUCCAGUCCCCAAAAAACCUGAAGAAGUGAAGCCACUAAUUCCCACAAAUACCAGUAAAACGUGGGAAUGCCCUUCGUGCAUGGUCAGAAACGACUUGAGUGCAGCCACGUGCGUCUGCUGCACGACUCCAAACCCUCAAGCAUCCAGCAAACCUCCAGUGGGAUCAACAGCACCAACAAUUCCAAGUAUAUCAGCACCAGCCCCUGGAUUUGGUGAUAAAUUCAAGAUGCCUACAGGUUCCUGGUCCUGUGAUAUUUGUAUGAUCCAAAAUAAAUCAGAUGUUAAUGAAUGUGCGGCAUGUGGGGCAUCGAAACCUGGGGCAACAGCAUCUAAAUCAAAAGCCAGUGGCGAUGCUCUGAAAAACGACUCAGCACCUAAAUUCAACUUCGGAAUUCCCUCGUCAAUAGCUCCAACUUUCAGUUUUGGAAUUCCCAGCGAUAGUAAAUCAGAGGAGAAGCCCAAAACCGAUGCUCCAACGAAUGGAUUCACCUUUGGUGUCCCAGUGACACAAUCAAGCCAGUCAUUCACCUUUGGAGUACCAAAACCAACUCAGGAGCCUGCGAAGACAGCGAGUUUUACAUUCGCAGCCCCCAAGCCUGUGGAGCCUUUCAAAUCAGAGGAGAAAAAACCAGAGAUCCAGACACUCUUCAACAAUAUCAGUGACACUAAAGUUGGGUUUAGCUUCAGUAAGCCAGCAGAGACGAAGCCAGAAACUCCAAAGGAGCACAAUCCCACUCCAGUCGUGGAAGUGGAGAAGGCAGAGCCUGUGAAAUCAAUCUCCUUUGGUACACCAAUACCAACAUUAACGACGGAGAGCCCACAGAGUACUCCAGCAACGACAGCAGCAGCUUCAACCCCAAGUUUAUUCACAUUCUCGAAGCAGCCUGUGUCGACGACUCAAUCAGCCCCAGUCCUCACCUUCGGGCAGUCCACAGCGCCAAUGGGGCAGACGAUAACCCCGAGUAUAUCACAGGAGGCUCCAAAGACAUCUGAAACUUCUGAAUCAGUCAGCAAGCCAGUCCUCACGUUUGGAAAGUCAGAGUCUACACCUGCACUCUUUGGUGACACUACCACUGAGAACAAGCCACUCCUCACAUUUGGAGCACCAGUGAUCAAUAACUCUGAGAAACCUGCAUUCCCUGUGGAGAAAAAAUUCCCCAGCUUCGGUACGAUUGAGCAGAAUCCUCGUGGCUUCUUUGGAAAUGGUGGGGAGAAGCCCAUGGCCAGUGCUCCAGCACCAGCUUUUGGGGUUCCUUCAGUGGCUAGCACAACGGCAGCUGCAACACCAGCCACACCAGCUCUGUUAUUUGGAUCUUCUUCUAAUUCAGGGUCAAUGUUUGGUAAUGCUACACCGAAUUUUGGAGCUCCCAGUUCAGCCAGUGCUCCCAUGUUUGCUUCUCCAAAGCCAGCAGAACCUGCGCCUCCAGCUACUCCAGGGCUUUUUACGUUUGGGGCGCCUUCUGGGGCACAAACGACUCCUCAAGCCAGUGGAGGGUUCAAUUUCGCUGGGAAUAAUGGGGCCAAACCUGUUUUCGGGUUUUCUGGGAGUCAAAGCACGCCACAACCUGCGGCUGGUGGGUUCGGAGGGUUUGGGGGGCCAACACCUGGCAUUACUGCUGCACCAACUCCAGCCUUUGGGUUCAGUGCACCUAAGAAUGAGGCGACGCUGUCCUUUGGACAGACUCCAAGCACUCCUGCUUCGAGUAUAUUUGGGAAUAGCCAGCCAUCGCCUGCUAGCUCCUUUGGGACCUUGAACUCGGGGGCCAUCAGCUCUGGGAGCAGUGGAGGGUUCAACUUUGGACCUUCUGCUGCACCACCAUCGGCUACUCCUAGUAUUCCCUCUUCUGCGUCUACUUCCGGAGGAUUUAAUUUCUCAGCUGCGGCGUCUGGAUUUAGUUUCAAUGCUCCUUCUCAACCGUCCUUCAAUUUCACUGGGGGCAAUGCACCACCUACUUUCAACGCAACACCUCAAGCUACAACUCCAACAACCAGGAAGAUAAAGAAAGCUGUCCGCCGUAUGCCCCCGCGUGCGUGAGUUUCACCACUGGAUAAACCAACACGUUGCUUCUAAUUCGGUGACCAAAUGAACAAAAUAUACGUACAGUAACUAAUUGACGGUGAGUCAAAUCCAAAAACUGAAAUGAAAGAGUGAGAGAAAUAAAUGAAUCAUGAAUCGUGGAGGGUUUGAUUAAAUAGUGAAAAUGAAUAGCCAAUUACUGGCAUCAGGCAUUUGUGUAGUCGAUAGCUUCAUGCUGAGUGUAACAUUAUGCUUGAAGAGGAUCCACCUGUACCACGAGAAAAUGAUCGAGUAAAUUAUAGAAUAAACGAGAGGAAUUUCAAAAGGGAAAGUGAAAGAAUUAAAAGUAAUUGAGACUGGGACUUGACGAAGACGAUGACUGACAAUGUUAGAGUUAGACAACGGCGUUUAUUAGGGUUCAAUCAGUGAACGAUUGAUGAAAAAAAUGGAGAGACAACAGUGGCAACUGUUUUCGAACGCCGGCGAUUUUAUAGACUUUGCCAAGAUGGUGAAUAUAAAAAAAAUACGAAGAAAAAAAAGUAAAAAAUAUGAAUGAGGAAUUAUAAAAUUGCGGGUAUGCUUGAGUGUCAAGCGUUCUGAUACCCAGCUCAGGUAAGUAUAUAGGCCAUUCGCAACGCCACUCUCAACAAUUAUAUUCCCUUCCCCCCAUCCCCUGUAUUUAAUUGUAAAAAUUAUUUCACAUUUUUUUUAUUAGAUACCCACUGUCGGUUGCGUUAUUUAAUGAAAAAUAGCGAAAAAUCAUUUGAUUUUAUGUGAUUAAAUAAAUAAUGAGAUUUUUUAAAAAUCCAUCAAAUAUGUACCCGACAGAGAGCAUUAUUUUGUUAAUUGUUUUUAAAAUGGAAAUAAAUUGUUGCGGGAUGACGUUGCGCUGCUAAUUUGCAUAUGGUGGUCUCGAGUCCACUAUAGAAGAGACAGUAAUUCAGUUAUACACUAAUAUUAUAUUUUAGUUAGGUAUCUCACUCACUCGAGGACAGUCUCACGUGAUUAAUUAUGUUAAAAAUGAUGAAUAAAAUUGAAUUAAAUAGCCGUGACACUGUGCCUUGCAGUUGAUGAGAAUAAAGGAUUAAGAUUUAAAAAAAAUUGAUUAACUGAAGGAGAAUGAAAAAAAGUAAGCAAAAUAAAAGAGGGAUAUGUAACAUAAAUUUACGAAAAUGGCAUUCGGAUAGUACAAAGAGACACGAUUUCACCCAAUCGUUUCCAUUGAGUAGAUGAAAUUUUAUAUUUUUUUUAUAAUAUAAAGAAAAUGUGAAGAAAAUCGAUGAAGAUAAUCCUAUUGAUAAGUGAAGAAAACAAAACACAUGAACUGAAUGCCAUUUUUGUGUUUAGAAUUUAAUAAAAGAAUAAAUAAAAUGAAUAACAAUGUUGAGUGUUUUACCGUAGGAACCAGGUGUAUGAAUAUUAUUAAUUGAGUAAAUACAGAAACAAAAAUGAACAGAGAAAUCACAUUUUCAUUGUGUAAUGUAAAAUAAUAGUUUAAAGAAUGAAAAAAUUAUGAGAAACACAAAACUACAGAAACGGUCUUCGAAUAUGUAUUUUUCAGUUUAUCUUUCUGAUUUUGUCUUUACACGUUCAACUGUAAUAUUUUCACACGAUAGUUUAUUUUUUUUUCCAUUAUCAACUGCGGUUCAAAUUCAAGAUUAUCCAGAAAAAGCAACAACAAAAACUGAAGAUUCAUUCAGACUGCGAAGAUAAUAAAAAGUGAAAAAUGAAACAUUGUUAUUGUAAAAAAAAAGAAAAGACCAUCAUCUGUCUACUUUGUCUUCUAGCAAAAAGUGAAAAGGAAGAAGAAAAAUCCUCUUAAAUAAUAAAUAAGAAUGUAAAAGUCAAUAAACGAGUUCUUUUUUUUCUUGAAAGGAUAUUACUCGAUUUUUAUCAUUAUUUCUUUCAUUUAUUUCUUAACAACUAAAAAAUAACAACAUCAAUCUAGACGAAAAGUUUCCUUUUUAAUUUAUUAGCUAUUCUUCUUUUGCUCGUGUUUUAUUUUCUUUUUUUCUUUUUUCCUUUCUACACCGUUUGUUUCACAAAUGGCAAUUGGAGCAAAGCCCUACAUUCACGAAAAAAAUUAAUAACUUAGGAAGAAAAUCGGUGGCUGCAAGUCGAUUUUUUAAAUUUAUUUAUCAUCUUUACGUAAUUCUUUUUUUCCACGUUUCAUCCAUAGCAAAUACAAAAUGGUGUAAA